AUGAUUGAGUGUUUCUUAUCAAGUUUGAAGAGCCUCUUGCUAAACAACAUUUUUGGUCUUUCCGUCGGUGGCGGGGGGGGGGAGAAAAAAAGAAUUUGUUGUAAAUUUACUCUUCUCCACUUUCUUUAUUGUAAAUAUAAUUAUCCACCCAUUUUCUUUCUUUCUUUCUUUCUUUCUUUCUUUCUUUCUUUGUCUCCAUUUUCUUUCUUUCUUUCUUUGUCUCCAUUUUCUUUCUUUCUUUCUUUCGUCUUGACAAAGAAGCGAGUUUUUUUCUUUUGUUAUUUUUGUUGUGGUUUCUGCUGUUUUUUCUUUUCUCUCUCCUUCAUCUUCCUUGAAAUUUUCCGCCCUUCAUUUCUUGAUUCUCCAGCUUUUCCUUACCGUUUAACUCUAACUAAUUCCAUUUUAUUAUUUCCAUUCUCCUUUUCUUUCUUUCUUUCUUUCUUUCUUUCUUUCUUUCUUUCUUUCUUUCUUUUAUUCGAACCAUCGCUAUUUUGUCCCAUGCAUUCUUUCUUUCUUUCUUUCUUUCUUUUAUUCGAACCAUCGCUAUUUUGUCCCAUGCAUUCUUUCUUUCUUUCUUUCUUUCUUUCUUUCUUUCUUUCUUUUUCUUUCUUUCUUUCUUUCUUUUAUUCGAACCAUCGCUAUUUUGUCCCAUGCAUUUUCUUUCUUUCUUUCUUUCUUUCUUUCUUUUUCUUUCUUUCAUUCAUUCGAACCAUCGCUAUUUUGUCCCAUGCAUUCUUUCUUUCUUUCUUUCUUUCUUUCUUUCUAGCUUCGUGGCUUCUUAUUGUACUUAUUUUAUUUUCUUUCUUUCAACUUUUGUUCUUGAACAUUUUUCACAAAUUUGAUCACAAAUUUGAUCUCUCUCUUUUUUUUUCCACAUCUUAUCCUUCUUCUCUUCCGGUAGUUUUUUUUUUUUACUUUCUCCCCGUCUUUAUUGACAUAUACGUCUGUUCAUAUCUAUCUAUCUAUCUAUCUAUCUAUCUAUCUAUCUAUCUAUCUCAUUCUUUGAAUAUCUAUCUAUCUCUGAAUAUUUAUCUUAUUCUUUGA